CGCAGGCACCCCCGCAGAGAACGGAGGAUAGGGAGGAUAGGGAGGAGCCAAAAACUCUCUCUCUCUCUCUCUCUCUCUCUCUCUCUCUCUCUACUCCCCUCUUCCACUCCUCAAACAAGUUAAACGAAAAAAAAAAAACUACUUCGUAAUUUGAAUUCGGAGUCGUCGGAAGCUGCUCGAUCGACCAUUCGUUCGUUGCUUAAUUGCUUCGUUCCGAUCAUCGCAUCAUAAGCAUCGUCGUCCUCAUCGUCGUCGUCGUCGUCAUCGUCAUCGUUUCUUGUCGAGAUCAUCUGAAUAUACAUAUAUAUAUAUAUAUAUGGUGUAAAUGAUAUAAAUGGAGGAGGAGAUGAUGUACGGGAUGAUGAUGCAGCGGGCGGCGGCGGACGACCUCCACGGCCUCAUCGCCGCCGCCGGCGCCGGAGGUGGAGGCGGAGGAUUCCGGUCGGCGGCGGCGGAGAGGGACGGAGGAGAAGGAGAAGAAGAAGAAGAGGAGAUCAUGGAGGAGAUGGAGGAGACGGCGAUGGGGGAGGUGAAGGCUCGGAUCGCCUCCCACCCCCGCUACCCCACCCUCCUCCGCGCCUACAUCGACUGCCAAAAGGUUGGUGCUCCGCCGGAGAUCGCGUCGUUUCUGGAGGAGAUCCGGCGAGAGAACGACGCCGCGGCGGCCGCGAGGAGCGCCGUCUCCGGCCGCCUCCUCCCGGGCGCCGACCCCGAGCUCGACGAGUUCAUGGAGUUGUAUUGCGAGGUGCUGGUGAAGUAUAGAACGGACCUCGCUCGGCCGUUCGACGAGGCCACCUCCUUCCUCAGCUGCAUGGAGACGCAGCUCUCCCACCUCUGCAGCAGCAGCAGCAGCAACAACUGCAACAACUGCAACAGCAACACUAACACUUCCCUCCUCCGCGCCAUUUCCAGUGAUGAGGCCGCAGCGGGCUCAUUGGAAGAGGAGCUCAGCGGAGGAGAAACACAGGCACACGAAUCGUCUCACUUGAAAAACGAGUAUCGAGAUCUGAAGGACAAGCUCCUGCGCAAAUACAGCGGUUACUUCCGCUCGUUGAAGCAGGAGUUCUCAAAGAAGAAGAAGAAAGGGAAGCUUCCGAAAGAAGCACGCCAGAAGCUGCUCGACUGGUGGACUGCUCAUUAUAAGUGGCCAUAUCCUACUGAAGCCGAUAAGAUUGCGUUGGCUGAAUCGACGGGCUUAGACCAGAGGCAGAUCAACAACUGGUUUAUAAAUCAGCGGAAGCGCCACUGGAAGCCAUCUGAGAGCAUGCAAUUCGCGGUCAUGGAUAGCCUCUCCUCGCCGUUCUACAUGAAUGACUAGUAAAUUUGGCUUCUCAUCAGAUGAUGCUUAUGAUUAAUUCCCUAGCUAGCUAGUAGGGUUAAGUAAUUAAUUAAUUAGUUCAUUGUAGAUGAUGCUGCAGCCUGCAGCUACCGUGUUGUAGCUAGCCUAUGUUGUAAUUGCUCCGAAAGCUGGCGCUUUUGAUACACAAGAUCCAAACAUUAGAAACUUGUGGCUUAAUUUAUGCAAGUAAUCCAGUUUAGUUCAUCGA